AUGAUAACAUUGGUAUUAGUAUUAGGAGUUAUAAUAGCUCUAUACUUAUAUGGAACUCAUACCUUUAACUACUGGAAGAAGAAAAUGAUUAAACACGAUACACCCAUGCCGUUUUUCGGGAAUAAUACGAGAGUUUUCAUGAUGAAGAUGAGCGUGACGCAGCUGAGUGAAGAGGUCUACUGGAAGUAUCCCAACGAGCGUGUGGUUGGUUUCUAUCGUGGCCUACGACCGGAGCUGGUAGUGAGAGACCCUGAGCUCGUGAAACGCGUUCUAGUCACCGACUUCUCUAGCUUCUAUCCCCGCGGCCUCAAUAGUCACCGGGAAGUAGAGCCGCUGCUUAGGAACCUGUUCUUCGCUGACGGAGAUCUGUGGCGACUGUUGCGGCAGCGUAUGACUCCGGCUUUCAGCAGUGGAAAGCUGAAAGCCAUGUUCCCACUUAUUGAGGAACGCGCAGAGCGACUAAGAUCACGGGCACUGUCUGGGUCUGCCAAAGGUCAAGCUAUAGAUGCUAGAGACCUCAUGGCACGCUACACCACCGACUUCAUAGGCGCCUGUGGUUUCGGCCUCGACUCUGACUCCCUCCAAGACGAGAACUCCGCGUUCCGUAAGCUUGGUGCUAAAAUAUUCGAUAUACCGAUUAAAGAUGUUAUCGUGUCAAUCCUCAAGGAGAUGUUUCCUAGUACUUUCAAAAAUUUCAGCGCUAUGGCCCGUGUAGAAAAAGAGUUGUUGGCGCUAGUGAAUGAGGUUCUGCGCCAAAGAUACUAUGAACCGUUGGGAAGAAAUGACUUCAUCGAUCUGAUGCUGGAGUGUAAGAAAAAAGGAACAAUCACUGGUGACUCCAUAGAGAAAGUGAACUCGAAAGGAUCUCCAGAGCAAGCGUCUGUCGAGAUGACCAGUGAGUUGAUAGCAGCUCAGGUUUUCAUAUUUUUUGCAGCUGGUUUUGAGACCUCUUCCUCCGCGACGAGUACCACUCUCCACGAACUGGCCCAUCAUCCAAAGAUCCAGAGAAAAGUCCAAAACGAAAUCGACAAGGUGCUAGCCAAAUACAAUAAUAAGCUCUGUUAUGAGGCAAUCAAGGAAAUGACUUAUUUGGAAUGGGCUUUCAAAGAAGGAAUGAGAAUUUUUCCUUCCCUGGGGUUCCUGAUUAGACAGUGCGCCAAACCGUAUACAUUCGAGGAUCUCGGUCUCACUAUUGACGAGGGGGUUAAGAUCAUAAUUCCACUCCAGGCCCUGCACAACGAUCCUAAAUACUUUGACAACCCUAGUGAAUUUCGUCCAGAAAGAUUCGAUCCUCAAAAUUUUUAUAGCAGCAACAGAUUCGUUUAUUUACCGUUCGGGGAAGGUCCUCGAGCUUGUAUCGGAGAGCGUCUGGGCAUGAUGCAGUCUCUAGCUGGGCUCGCUGCCGUACUGUCGAGGUUUUCCGUCCACCCUGCGCCGGGAGCACCUCGGAAACCAACCAUCGACACUCGAGCCAACAUUGUCCAAGUAGUACGAGGAGGUAUACCGCUGAUAUUCACAGAAAGACGACCAGAAUCACUCACAGUAAAAACAUGUACAUGA